AAUUUGAUAAUAAUCGUAUGCUUAUCCCCAAUCAUCACUUAAUCAUGGUUAUUGUGCUAUCUUUCAGUGUUUUACAAUCUCUUAUAGCAAUUCAGUUGGUUAGAAAUGAUUUACUUGAUUCAAAUUUUGAUCUUUUAACUUUUGAUUUGUACUCGUUUGAAUUCUGUAUCUGUCUGUAUAUGCAUUUCGGUUGUUGUAUUCGAAAUUGGGCUUAGGGUUUUACAUGGGUUCUCAGUGCUUUUGUGUGUUGUUGAUUAAUUAACUAAGUUUUUGUUGUCUUAAUGCAUUGUUUGAAUUUGAGAUUUGUUGAGGGAAAUUUGCUUGUACUUGUUCAAUUUUAUGUGGGUAACCAAACAAAAAUAUGAUUUUUAAAUUUUUUUUUUUUAGGAAUGUCUAUUUGUUUUCUUCUCAUUUUCUUAGUCCAACCAAACAAAAGCAAAGAAUUUAGAUCAUUUUUUUCAUUUUCCUUUCCUUUUUGCUUUCUUUCUCUUUUUCCCUCAACAAAUUCUAAAACCAAACAGAGCAUAAACGAGUAAGAGAGAAAAGAAGAGAUAUUGCUAUGAAAAGGGUUGCUAUAUUUGUCAAGGAACUAAAUCCUUUUGGAAGUGUGUAUGUGUUCUUUUAGAUCUUAAUUUGGUGCAGAAAAAUUGCUCAUAUCCUUCUCUCUCUCUCUCUCUCUCUGUUAUCUUCCAUCUUUGCUCUCUCUCCAUCUCUAUCUCCACCCGAUCAUCCCUGCCUCUCUAUAUCUCUCGCGCAGAUCCCUCCAUCUAUAUCUCGAUGAUCGUCCCUGCCUCUCUCUUCCCUUUGUUUUAUCUCUCUCUAAACCCUAACAAAACAAGCAGAUGAACAAGACGAAGCUUGAGAUUCUUGAAAUCGUCUGAAAUUUAGCACGCAUCUUGAAGUCCAGUUUGUUAAAGAUCACUUUGAAGGUCAAGGCUCCCAAGAUGGACAACAUUGUAGAUGCUUUAAAUAAUGCAUACCAGGAGUUUGUUGCUGCAGCAGCUGGUGUGCUUGAAGCUAAGGAGAGUUCCGGUGGCCAGAAAACAGCAGUUACUGUUGCUGCUCUAGAAAACUUUAAGCAGUGUCAAGAACUGUUCAGAGUGGCUUGUGAUCAAGCUGAAGAGUUCGUGGAGUCUGUGAAGCAAAGGGUAGGGUCGGAGUGCCUGGUUGAUGAAGCCACUGGCUCGGUGACUGGAAAGCCAGGGCAGGCUGUCACAACUGGUCUUCCGCCUAUCAGUGCAGUUAGGUUGGAACAGAUGAGUAAAGCGGUCCGGUGGCUGGUGAUUGAACUUCAGCAGGGUUCUGGAACUGCUGGAGGUUCAUCGCAUCCCCAUCCUUCUGCACCUUUUGAUGCUAGAUUUUCUGAGGAUGCAGCUCAAUAGGUAUACAGACAAUUAAGAUAUCUGUUUCCAGGGCAAGAGGAUGCUGGGGGAAUUGUUCAUGGAUGGUCUGUAAAAUGAAGGUUGUAGGUCCCACGUAAACUUAAGCUUGCGAGUCCCAUCUUUUGAGCUUAACAGACAGUUCAGUUCAGUUCAGUCAUUUUGUUUGUUUUAAUUGUUGAAGAUAAACUAAUGUAUAAUGGGAGUUUUUUUGAGCCAACUUAUAACUUUUAGCUUUCGAAAAGUUAUUUUGGACUGUUUCGUUAAACUUAUUUCAAACAAUUUCUGAUUCUAACAAUUUAUUUUAAUUCAAAAA